AUGAGCGAGAUACAAAAUGAAAGUGUUGAACCUGAAGUGACAUAUUAUAUGCCUCAUCAUGACAUCUAUAGGCCUCAAAAAACGACAACUAAACUACGUACUGUGUUUAAUGCGUCCACCUUGACUAGUAGUGGAAAAUCGCUCAACUCAAUUCAGUAUAACGGCGGAGGGAUUCAAGACGAUCUAUUUACAUUGCUAAUUAGAUUCAGAAAGCAUAUAUUUGCAUUUACUGCCGUCGUCAUUCGUCAGAUGUAUCGUAUGAUCAAUAUAGGUGAGAGUCAAAGAAAUCUACAAAGAAUUUUAUGGAAAGAUUGA